AUGGCCGCGACAAACCCACCACCUAUGGAAUACCGUGUUAUCCUACGACAGCAGCCCGUCAGCGCCCGGUCUUGUGGAUUCGGCGACAGGGACCGAAGAGUCAUCGACCCACCGCCCAUCGUACAAUUGUUCAUCACAGGCCCCAGUCUCUCACAUUAUGAGAUGAGGCAGAGAUUGAGGAACCCAUUAAACAUCAUCCACUGCUCCAUAUGGAGCGAGGAUGGUACCCAGGACCUGUCGGGAAUGCCUGAGGAAUAUACGCGCCAGAAGCGACUGAUGGGCAACCUGGUGGCCUCCCCAUUUGUGGGUUACGACGAACAUGACCAAGAGGGCUGCUUUUUCUGUUUCCCGGACGUUUCGUGCAGGACGUCCGGUCGGUAUCGACUCAAGUUCAGCCUCGUCGCCCUCAAUCCGCGGCCACAGACCAAGUCGCCCGUCAAGGUUGAGGUACUAUCGGAUGUGUUCCAGACGUUCAAUGCCAAGGAAUUCCCCGGCAUGUCAGAGUCGACUCCUCUGGCCAAAGCUCUUCGGGAACAGGGCUGCAACAUCCCGACCAAGAAAGGCAACGACGGGAGGGACUGGAGGAGGAAAGACAGCGGAGACUAUUCGGACGAGGGCGGAACUUCCCGCAGGAAGCGGACGAGAACCAGCCAGUGA